UGGGGGCCGCGGGACCGUGGCCAUGGGGGGCUUGAAGGACGAGCUGCUCAAGGCCAUCUGGCACGCCUUCACCGCGCUCGACCUGGACCACAGCGGCAAGGUGUCCAAGUCCCAGCUCAAGGUCCUGUCACAUAACCUGUGCACGGUGCUGAAGGUUCCACACGACCCCGUCGCCCUUGAAGAGCACUUUCGGGAUGAUGACGAGGGGCCCGUCUCCAACCAGGGCUACAUGCCGUACCUGAACAAGUUCAUUCUGGAGAAGGUCCAAGACAACUUUGACAAGAUUGAAUUCAAUAGGAUGUGUUGGACCCUCUGUGCCAAGAAGAACCUCACAAAGAGUCCGCUGCUCAUCACAGAAGACGAUGCCUUUAAAGUGUGGGUCAUUUUCAACUUUCUGUCGGAGGACAAGUACCCAUUAGUUAUUGUGCCUGAAGAGAUUGAAUACCUGCUUAAGAAACUUACAGAGGCUAUGGGAGGAGGAUGGCAGCAAGAACAAUUUGAACAUUAUAAAAUCAACUUUGAUGACAGCAGAGAUGGCCUUUCUGCAUGGGAACUUAUUGAGCUAAUCGGAAAUGGGCAGUUUAGCAAAGGCACGGAUCGCCAGACUGUGUCCAUGGCCAUCAGCGAAGUCUUCAAUGAGCUCAUAUUAGACGUGUUGAAGCAGGGUUACAUGAUGAAAAAAGGCCACCGGCGGAAAAACUGGACGGAGCGCUGGUUUGUAUUAAAACCUAGCAUAAUAUCGUAUUACGUGAGUGAGGACCUGAGAGACAAGAAAGGAGACAUCCUCUUGGAUGCAAACUGCUGUGUGGAGUCUCUGCCUGACAAAGAUGGAAAGAAAUGUCUUUUUCUAAUAAAAUGCUGUGAUAAGACCUUUGAAAUCAGUGCUUCGGACAAGAAGAAGAAACAAGAGUGGAUUCAAGCCAUCCACUCUACCAUCCAUCUGCUGAAGCUGGGCAGCCCUCCACCACACAAGGAAGCCCGCCAGCGUCGCAAAGAACUCCGCAAGAAGCUGCUGGCGGAGCAGGAGGAGCUGGAGCGGCAGAUGAAGGAGCUCCAGGCUGCCAAUGAGAACAAGCAGCAGGAGCUGGAGACCGUGAGGAAGAAACUGGAGGAAGCAGCCACGCGGGCAGCGGAAGAGGAGCAGAAGCGCCUGCAGACUCAAGUGGAGCUGCAGGCCAGGUUCAGCGUGGAGCUGGAGCGGGAGAAGCUGAUCAGACAGCAGAUGGAGGAGCAGGUGGCCCAGAAGUCCUCCGAGCUGGAGCAGUAUCUGCAGCGAGUGCGUGAGCUGGAAGACAUGUACCUCAAGCUGCAGGAGGCGCUGGAGGACGAGAGGCAGGCUCGGCAAGACGAAGAGAUGGUGCGGAAGCUUCAGGCCAGGUUGUUGGAGGAGGAGUCUUCCAAGAGGGCGGAGCUGGAAAAGUGGCACUUGGAGCAGCAGCAGGCCAUUCAGACCACCGAGGCAGAGAAGCAGGAGCUGGAGCAGCAGCGCGUCGUGAAGGAGCGGGCCCUGCAGGAGGCCAUGGCGCAGCUGGCGCAGCUGGAGCGCGAGCGGAGGCAGGCCCUGGAGCAGUAUGAGGGAGUUAAAAAGAAGCUGGAGAUGGCAGCUAAUACGACCAAGAGCUGGAAGGACAAAGUGGCCCACCAUGAGGGGCUGAUACGGUUGAUAGAGCCAGGUUCAAAGAACCCUCACCUGAUCACUAACUGGGGGCCUGCAGCGUUCACCCAGGCAGAGCUGGAGGAGAGAGAGAAGAACUGGAAAGAAAAAAAGACCACGGAGUGACUGCGCAUGCGCGCAGAAGUCCUCUAAAUCACCUUGUCGCUACCGCCGAGAGCUUUGUGCCCAGGACAAAAGAAACUAGCUUUGCUGUUCUAGCUCUUCGUCUCUCACGUGCCGGUGGGGUCCGUGUGUUGCUUCCUGCAAAUCAGGACCAUUCCUGAAGAGAGAGACGUCCGCCUUUCCUGCUGAACGCCACAUCCUGCUCAGCACUUGCAGACCGGAUCUAUGCGGAUCCCUGGGUCCUCUCUGCAGGGCCGGUCAGCUUGCCCACCAGUGCCAGGUGACUUGGCAGGCCUUCACUGUUGGUGCUCUGAUGGCGAGUCAUGAAGUCUCUGUCAUCUCCUGGAUGCCCUUCUAGAGUAAUCUGGUGGGUGAGGUUUCCCAGCUUGCUUUCUCUGACCAUCAUUCACACCUUCCUGUUUCCUUCACCCUCGCCUCAAAGCAAAGCAUCCCCCUGGCCCAUGCCCUCAACCUCAUUCUGCCCUGGCUGCCUGGCAAAGCCGUGUGCUUCCCCUCAUGCACCAUCUGGUGAAAGGUAGGGAGGCUCAGUGGAAGUAACCAUCGACUGGGUGCUUCAUGACCAGAUCGCACGCACACCGACGACAGAGGCUGACCGUAUGUGGCUGGUUGGAUGUGAAGUGUCCCGAGGAUGUUGGCAUUCGCCAGGGUGCUGUGGUCACUGUCAUCAGGAGGACAGCUUUUCUGUUUCCCUUCCUCCAUGGGUGAAGUGGAGGAGGCGUCCAGGAAAGGAACUGUAAUAGGGAAGCUGGGAUCUGUGCAUCUCAUUCGAGCCAAGUAUUGAGGAAGGGUUUCGUAUAUAAUCUGAUUUUGAUUGGAGAUAGUAUUUAUGAAGUUAAGCCUUCCCUCACUGCAAGUAAUUUAUAAGCAGCUGAACUCCAUCGGCAGCCAUGAUAUUUAAUAUUGUACAGAAGUGUAAGGGUAAUUUAGGUGUUACAGAAAAGGCAGAACUGAGUAGAGUGGUUAGAGUCUCAUGUGUUUUCACUGUACUGCUGGCCUCAGAGCAGUGAGGAAGCCCAUUCAAAAAGACCCAUCUAGAGUGUGCGAUUUUAGAGAUUUCAGAGUAUUUAUUUACAUGAUGGGAAACUGGAAUAUAACUCCAUGAAUCUUGAUCUUUUAUGACUGGAAAACAUUUGCCAACGAAAUAGCCUUUGGAAAUUAAAGUGUUGGACUGUUUAAUAAUACAGGUGUAACUUUAUUUAAUGAUCUCUUAGAGUUGCCUUUAUAAAGCAUUGGUUUUUAUCUACAAUAUCCUUGUAGUGAGUCUUUUAAAUCUCAGAGCUCAUGUUAGUGUUGGUUUCUGUCUGGCCACUUACCAGUGCUUUUGGCAGUGGACAGGUGUGUUAGACCAGUGAGGAACAGGACCUUUGCCGUGGUUGAAUUGUGUCACAGGGGAUUCCUUAACAGAGAACAGAGAACGAGACUGUAGAAAGAAGCAUGAGGUGGGAGAAGUAAGGUCCAUUAGCCCAUGGUGGGGUGGGGUGGCGGUGGACUGUGCCAUUUUCUGCCAUGUGGAUCCUCCCUCCUUAAAUCUAGCCUUUCCACUACUCACUGGAAACAUGGCCUGGGGCUUCUGUGUACCGUACUGUCUGGCCCGGGUCAUCAGCCUGAAGACCAUCUGCCCCCACGUCACAUGGUAAUGUGUCUAGGCAGAAGGUGUGCAUGUCAUGUGCAGUGCUGUUCACUUACACAUUGGCUUCAGUGGUACUGUGCCCCAAAAGCAAGCAUCUUAAAACCAUGGCUGUAGAAGACAGCAUAGAGGUGAACCCCAUCUGGGGUGAUGCUAGUUGAAUCCCCCCUAAUAGUUAAAGCGGUUUCAGCUGUCCAAGUGCCUUCAGACCCUUUGGUUUUCCAUUUGUAAUUACUGUACAGAAAUUUUCAGGAAUGUUUGAAUGUUUGUCAUAAUCAGCCCUUUUCCAUACUAAGAAUAGGAUUACCUAUGGGAAUUAUGCAUGAAAAGUGUUUUAAAAAUCUGGCUUUUUGUGAUUUGCUAUAUUGAGAGGGAACAAAAUAUUUAUAAUUUUCAGGCGUUCUUACCUUUGCAUUGUACAAUGUAAUAUGCUCAAAUUUCUUAAUUUUUUGCUAAAUUUUCUAAGAUACAUUAAAGUGUUUUAUAUGUUUUUU